UAUUUAAAAAAUUAUAAUAUUACGCAACCGAAUAAGCCGCCUUUUAGAUUGAUUUACUAGCUUGCGCGCAAACGUAGCGCCACAGGUUAUCGUUUCACGACAUUGUAGUUCGUCUACCUUGCUUGAACGUAAGACGCGAACCAUGCUGAUAUAGUAGGCGUGCACAAGUGUACGUAGUUUGUACUCGUGUUCGUUGUAAACCUCAAAAAAUUGGUCGAUCUUAUUAGAAAAGUUUUGAUAGUUCGCUACAAACGACAGAAUAAAAAUUCUUAUAUAGUAGAUAAGAAAAUUAAAAGUAAUAAUGAUGAAUAAUUGGGGAAUACAUUUAAUAGUUACUCUAUCAGUUAAUCUGUUGAUUCUAUUGGGCCACGUAGCCGGUUCUAAGGUCUUACAAAUUCGUGGCAUACCUAUCGCGAAAAGUUCGCUUUAUUCGCCGGAUCGUGAUUUUCAGUGUCUAGAUGGAAGUUUAUUAAUACCAUUUUCAUACGUAAACGAUAAUUAUUGUGAUUGCGCUGAUGGUAGUGAUGAACCCGGUACCCCUGCUUGUACUAAUGGUUCAUUUUAUUGCGAAAAUUCUGGUCACAAGCCUCGUUAUAUACCAUCCACCUGGAUAAACGAUGGCACCUGUGACUGCUGCGAUGCCAGUGAUGAAUAUAAUUCAGGUAAGGAAUGUCCAAAUAAUUGUAAUGAACUUGGAAAAGAAGCUUGGUUAGAGCAGCAAAAGGCAGAGGAGCUAAUCAGGGAAGGUAACAAGAUAAGAAUGGAAAUGGUUGCUAAAGGUAAAAAAUUGAAGACAGAUUAUCAAGCACAUUUAGUUAAAUUACGCGCAGACUAUGAAAGCGCAGAACUUCUAAAGAAAGAGAAAGAAUUAUUAAAGACACAAGCGGAAGAACGGGAAAAUGCUGCUCUAGAAAAGUAUAAACCAGCUGAACCAGAGCAACCUGCACCGGAAGAAGGAGAAGAAGAGAAAGAAACAAGUGCAGAGGAUUAUUUCAAAUUAUUAGACUCCGAUAAUAGUGGUGUUGUAACAGUUGUAGAACUACAAUCUUGGAUGACAUUUGACACAGAUCACAAUGGAGUUGUAACUACAGAAGAGGCCAUGUUUUUCUUAAAUAACAAGAAAGAAAUUAAUCUUCAAGAGUUCACAGACUCAGCAUGGGCAAACAUCAAGCCUUUCGUAAUGUUGGAACAAGGGGUCUUUAAACCAGCUGAUCAGAAAGAAGAAGACGAAGAAGAAGAGGAUGAGAUUCAUGAACCUAUGGAAGAAGGAUCCGAGCAAGAGAAAGAAGAGGAUGAUGGUUCAGACGCAGAAGAGACUGGCGAGGCAGUUGACGAACAGAAGAAAACAGAAGAAUCUCAAAUACAAUAUGACGAAGAAACGCAGGCUUUAAUUGAUGAAGCAACACUUGCUCGCGAGAGUUUCCAAGAAGCGGAGAGAAAUGCAAAUGAGUUAAUAACGGAGAUUAGAAAAUUCGAGGAAAAAUUAGAUCGCGAUUUUGGUGCCGAGCAUGAAUUCGCAUCCUUGGAUGGUGAAUGCUUCGAGUAUACAAAUUUAGAAUACGUUUAUACCUUGUGCAUGUUUUCGAAAACGACGCAAAGAUCGAAAGCUGGCGGCAACGAUAUUACUUUGGGUCAUUGGAACGAUUGGAACGGACCAGAAGGACGAAAGUAUUCCAGGAUGAAAUACGAUAGGGGCCUUAACUGUUGGAAUGGGCCUGCUCGUUCUACCGUAGUUAAUUUAACUUGUGGUAAAGAAAAUAAACUAAUCUCAGUGACGGAACCUAAUCGAUGUGAAUACGCCAUGGAAUUUUCCACUCCAGCCGUGUGCAAUGUUAGCUUGGACUCUGCUAAUUUACACGAUGAAUUAUAAAUUUCAUAUCGUAUAAACGCGCAAGAUGUAAUAUUACACAUGCGACUAUAUGAGUUUGAAACAUAAAGGACAUAAAUAGCAAGGAUGAAUAACAGGUCUGUUUUUUGAACACUGAACACGUUACGAUUAACACAGAAAGUUAGAUCAGUCGUGAAUUUGCACAAUGUUUUUUAUUAUCAAAGGUAAAUAAUGUCGAUAAGCUACGGUAAGAGGCCCUAGUCAACCCAUGCAUGUUACGUAACGAUAAUGACAUCGAACAUUGAAUCCGUAUUCUGUUAUUCGUCCUUGCAUUAGAAAUUCCUUGUCGUUGUACUUGUAUACUAAACAAACGGAAUUCGUAGCCGAUAACACAGUCGUAAGUUAUCGACGAGCUCAGUUUGCUUAAAUCGUAGAAAGACAUUUUAAUAUACGUGAUAUGUGAAUGAAAAAUCGUUGUUACACGGUCAUUGCCAAUAUUAUGUCACUGUUGUACAUUCCUCUUUUUGUACGAGACAAAUUUUUACGAGGAGGUCCAACUAAAAUGACCUAACCUGCUUUACUCGUCGUUAGGUCACUACGCGAUCGAACGAUGAUUUUUCUUGUCAAGUUUUACAAAACUCUUAUCAAAGUAAAUGAACUGAAACAAUCACACUCCCUCUCUCACACACACAUACGUACACGCACACACACACACACACACACACACAAAUUUAUACAAACACAAAUGCAAGAAUGUCAAAAAUAAAGAAAUACAAACCAUUUUUCAAAUUCCUAAAUUGCCACGUGUAACGUAGAAAUUGUAUUCAGUGUGUCGAGAUAUUUUGUAAUUUUUUAAAGAUGCGUCCCGUGGUUGGUGCAUCGGAAUGCAGGUUUAAUAAAGAGAAAAAAAAGGUUUGGUUGUCGAACUGUAAUUACGAUGGCAGCUUUAUUUACAUUAAAA